AUGCCUCCUAUACGCGACAAGUACACGAUACACUCAAAGGCCGUCGUCUGCCAGGAUGUUGAGCUCAAGGGUGACAUCACAAUUGGCUCGGGCACCAUUGUUCACCCAAAGGCUACUAUAUUCGCAAUAGCUGGGCCCAUAGUUAUUGGCUCGAAUAACAUCAUCGAGGAGGGCGCAAUCAUUGUCAACCGGCAAGCUCGGAAAGAAGUCAUGCGAAUUGGCGACGACAACCUCUUUGAAAUAGGCUGCCGAGUCGAAUCUCCGUCCGUAGGAAACUUCAACACCGUCUCGACGCGCGCGCGGGUACACCACACCGUCCGCUUGGCGUCCUUCUGCGUCGUCGGCGCGGGUUGCCUCGUCGUGCCCACAGAAGACGAGGUGCUUGACGACUACACUGUCAUCUACGGGCCCGCCGCGGAACGCCGCAAGUGGACCGGGAGAGGUAAGGUGCAGGAAGCUGAUCUCAGGCGGAAACAUGCAGAGUACCUGCGCGAAAUGCUGCCCAAAUUCAAUCGGCUACGCCGGGGAGAUGGCACAUGAGGUAUGGUGCAUGACGAGGUCGUAGUCAUUCAAGUGGUAUUCCUAAAUUUUCGUAAUGUCUUCUCGACUGGUGAAGACCUGCUUUGCAGUGUAUUUGGGUGGAACGGUCAACUCGGGCUCCCUUGUAAAAACAAGCACGCAUGUUACCGAGCUAGGACCCCUCGUCGUUCUGACUCUCGCCGUAACCGCAAUUGAAUACACUGCUGUCGAUUCUAUGAGUCAAAAGUCAAACGGC